AUGAUAAAUGAUAUUGAAUAUCCUGUAUCAAGAUUAAUUGAUGGUCCUUGGAUUGCAUUACUUGUCUUAGGUAUUCUAAUGCCCAUUUUAUCAAUUGCUGGUAUUGUUCUACUAUAUGUUUUCUGGCGUCGCUUUCAGCCACGUACACUAUUGAACGAUGCAAAUCGUUUUAUGAAUAAUAAUAAAUCAAAUGGUAGUAUUCCUAUACCAGUACAAAUCAAUGAUCGUCAAUUACAAGGCUAUGAAACACAAAAAAUGGAAGUAUUUGUACCGCACAGUGAAGAUGAUAUAAUUCCACAUGAUUUAGGUGAAAUUCAUGCACGUUUUACACCACAAGAUGGUAUUCAAGAAAUACAUAAAACAUAUCAAAAAACAAGAGCUUAUUUUUAA